AUGUAUCUUAUUGAACUGUUGCUUGCAAUUCUACUUGUCAUUGCAACCAUUAUCAUUGUGAGAGUUUAUACGAGUUAUAGAAAGGUUUCACACAUUCCUGGAGGUUGGCAAAUAACCAGUUUUCUAUUUAGAAUUCCAAUUGUGGCAGAGUAUGUCUUUAUUAAUAAUCCGAGAAGAAUUCUUCAAUUGGUAAAGGAGAAGAGUGAGAAGGAGAAUGGAAAUGUUGUGAGAGUUAGUUUGAUGGGUAGAAAUAUUGUCUAUAUCAAUGAUAAAGAGUUACUGAAAGAGGUUAUUGUGACGAAAGGUCAUAAUUUCCCAAAACAUAAGGCGCCUUAUGAAGGAUUUACUAUAUUUGGUGAGAAUAUAUUGACCAUUGAGGAUUCUGCUGAUGAAAAUUUAAGAAAUCAUCACAAGGUUUGUUCCCCUGCAUUCACAAAUCAAAAUUUGGAAUAUCUUGUAGAUUAUUCUUCUAAAAGUAUCGGAAAGUUGUUCGAUAGAUGGCAGAAACAAACUAAAGAAUACACAAUCAAUGGAAAAACUGUACAAGGUUACUCACCUGCAGAUAUCAAGAAUGAUUUCAGUGAUUUGACUCUUGAUAUUUUAGGACAAGUUGGUUUUGGUUUGGAUUUUGACAUUUUCUCUGCUAAUGAACAUUCUGAAGGCAUUGAAUUUAGAAAAAGUCUUGAAUUACUUUUCACAACUGGUGUAUUUGUUAAAUUAUAUGUUGGAAUGAAUCCUCUCCUUAAAUGGGCUCAUCCACUAGCUCAACAAUAUUUUGGAAUUGACCAUGCAUUGAAGUAUGUGAGUUCCAAAUUGGAUGACAUGAUUUCUGUGAGAAAGAAUGAAAUUGAACAUCAAUUUAGUUUAUCUGGUGAAGGUUCUGAUAGAAGAGACUUGUUGAGUUGCUUGAUUGAAGCAAAUUAUCUUCAAAAAGGUUUAUUGACUGAUGAUGAAGUCAAGUCUGAUGCGUUUAUUUUUUCGCUAGCCGGCCACGAUACUACUUCAACAACCUUCCAAUGGUGUUGUUAUGAAUUAGGAAAGAGAUUGGAUGUUCAACAAAAAGUUCGUGAAGAAGUCAAUUCCAUCUUGAAAGGAAGAAAGCCAGUCUUUGAUGACUUUACCGAAAUGAAUUAUUUGAAUUGUGUUGUUAUGGAAACUUUAAGAUUGCAUCCACCAGUUCCAGCUGGUUUCCGUGUGGCCAAGAAAUCAACCAACAUUGGAAAAUAUCAAAUUCCAAAGGGUACCAUUAUUGCACUCGAUUUGGCUAAUACCAAUUGGAAUGAAAAACAUUGGGAGAAACCUUUCGAAUUUAUUCCAGAAAGAUUUGCUAUGAAUUUUGAUGAAAGACAAAAAACUGAAAGUGAUUUUACGUGGGUUCCAUUCUCUAUGGGUAACAGAAAGUGCAUUGGAUUUAAAUUUUCCAGAUAUGAAUUAUUCACCCUAUUGAGCAAUAUGAUGCAAAAAUAUGAAAUUAUCACAUUGAAUGAUGAAUCUAAUCCAAAAGAUAGAGUAUAUGAAGUCCCUGGUCCAACCAUCAAUCCAGGAAAUUUAAGAUUGCUAUUUAAGGAAAUUUCCAAUUAA